AUGUUGCUUGAACACCCGGGGUCAAGUUGUCAAAACACCGGAAAUUUCUCUCGGUACAGUUCAGGCCAAGAAGCAGAAAUCCCAGUGUGCGCGGGCUGCAGUCAACACAUCGUGGACCGCUUCAUCCUCAAAGUGCUGGAUCGCCACUGGCACAGCAAGUGCCUGAAAUGCAGCGACUGCCAGGCUCAGCUGGCGGACAAGUGCUUCAGCAGAGGCGACAGCGUCUACUGCAAAGAGGAUUUCUUCAAGAGAUUCGGGACCAAAUGCGCAGCGUGUCAGCAGGGGAUACCGCCCACACAGGUGGUGAGGAGGGCGCAGGACUUCGUCUACCACUUGCACUGUUUUGCCUGCAUCGUGUGCAAGAGGCAACUGGCCACAGGUGACGAGUACUACCUGAUGGAGGACAGCAGGCUGGUCUGUAAGGCCGACUACGAGACCGCCAAACAGAGAGAAGCAGACUCGACUGCAAAAAGGCCACGAACAACCAUCACUGCUAAACAGCUGGAAACGCUGAAGAACGCUUACAAUAACUCUCCCAAACCUGCCCGUCAUGUUCGAGAGCAGCUAUCAUCAGAGACGGGCCUGGAUAUGCGGGUUGUGCAGGUUUGGUUUCAGAACAGGCGAGCUAAAGAGAAAAGGCUGAAAAAAGACGCUGGCCGGCAGAGGUGGGGCCAGUACUUCCGCAACAUGAAGCGGUCGCGGGGAAGCUCCAAAUCCGACAAGGACAGCAUCCAGGAGGAGGGCAUGGACAGUGACGCAGAGGUGUCCUUCACAGAUGAACCCCCCAUGUCAGACCUUGGCCACACAAACGGCAUCUACAGCAGCCUGAGUGAGUCCUCUCCAGCCAUGGGGGGCCGCCAAGGGGGCAACAACCACGGCUCCUUCCCCCUGGAGCACAGCGUCCUGCCCUCCCAAGACCAGUUCCACGACAUCCGCUCCAACAGCCCCUACGGCCUUCCUCAGUCGCCAGGGUCACUUCAGGCGCUACCCAGACACCAGCCUCUCAUCUCCAGCCUGGUCUACCCCGACUCAGGCCUUUCUAUCAUGACCCAGGGCAGCGGGCCCGGGAUCAACCCGGCCGUGAGGGUCACCAUGGGGGCAGCCAACGGCCCCAGCUCGGACCUGUCCACAGGCAGCAGCGGAGGAUACCCAGACUUUCCUGCCAGUCCUGCCUCCUGGUUAGAUGAAGUGGACCAUGGGCAGUUUUGAUUGGUCGUCGACAAAAUAUUGGACAUUUUUUUCUUUUCCUUUUU